AUGAAGCACUUAAAUGUAACAAAGAUUACUCCUGUUCGAGAACUUUUCGAAGCAAGUGGACUUUAUGCAGCAGUCGCUAAGACAAACUUUUAUCCGACUAUCUACGAUGCCGUCUCAUAUGCUCAAUACGAGCAAGCAACACCACCGUCAUUGGACGACGUGGAGCUCCAUGAAGAGAAUUCUCAUGAUAACGCUGUUGUGAAUACAUCAGACGAAACUGUGCCAAACUCUGAGACUCGAGAUACUCGGUCAUCAAGUUGA